UUGCUGCAGCGUGAAGGCAGCACAUACCCAAGCACAUACACGAAGACGUCACGUCAUACUAAGUCACCUUUUUUUCUUAAAUACACGCGUGGGAAAGAGAAAAAAGGCUGCAGUCACAACUUUUUUUUUUCUUCACUAAGCUACCAGAAAGCGUCCCAACAUCUGGAGAAAAGAGGGGCGAGACGGAGAAAGUUUUGAAGGAGGCGGAGAGGAAGAGAAAGAAGAUCUCAAGUGGAGAAAAAUGCACUGAAAAUGCACUGAAAUUCUUUUGGAGCUCUCUCCGUGGGCAAGAUUCGUGGAAGUGUGCAUUGAUAAGAGUGGAGGAGGGGGGGUACGAGGAGGGGAAGGAGGUCUGCGAUGGUCCAAGUCCACCUGGAGAGGUCAGAGAAUGAAUUAGAGUAAAGAUCUUCUACACAUCUACACACAAGGCUAGCGCCUCGGCCCCUCCACCCCCCUCGAAAAUAGCCAGGCCCAUGUCCAUGGAUGAGGAGAGGAGUGUUCCAGCCAUCUCCCCAGAGCCACCCGAUGAUGGGGACCCGGUUCCAGCAGCCCUCCAACCCGGUUUACAUGUAAACACUACUAUAAAAACUGAAACUAGAAGCCCGAUCCCAACAACAAGUCGAGAUGUGGCCAACAUCUACACUGAGCCCCUCAUAUUGAGGUCAGAUCACCCGCAGAGGUCACAAAGCGAGGACGGAGGCAAGUGUAACAGCAGACUCUCGCACUCGGAACUUACAACACCCAGCAGGAGUAUCACAAGUCAACCGACAGCCAGAUCCACACCCAUCCACCCCACCCAACCAUGUCGGACGCAACCAAGCAGCCAACUCCGCAACGGAACCAAACACCACGCACACACACACUCCCCCCACUGUCCGCAUCCCACGCCUCACACACACGCACUCCAAUCCGGCGUGGACAGGAACGGCGGCCCUCAUGAGCAUCCCAAACUGGGCACCCUCCCACGAGGGGGCUCAUCCACCUCCUCGUCGUCGUCAGCAGGACCCAAGCACGGCAAGAAGUUGCAGUCUAACCCUUCCAUCACCUCCCAGAGCAGCAAGAGGAGCAAAGGAAGCUCCAAGAGCAGCUCAAAGAGCAACAGUUCCAAGAGCAACAGCUCCCAGAUUCCCACAGAAGCACAGGAUGACUGCUGCGUUCACUGCAUCCUGGCCUGCCUCUUUUGUGAAUUUCUGACGCUGUGCAACAUCGUGCUGGACUGCGCCACCUGCGGCUCGUGCGCCGGCGACGACUCGUGUUUCUGCUGCUGCUGCGCGUCCGAGGAAUGCGGUGACUGUGAUCUACCGUGCGACAUGGACUGCGGCAUCAUCGACGCCUGCUGUGAGUCCGCCGACUGUCUGGAGAUCUGCAUGGAGUGUUGCAGCCUUUGCUUCUCGUCCUGAGGUUUCACGGCCGGCGCGCACUUGUCUUGAUUCCCAUCUCCAGCGAGCCCGGGAGCGACUUGAAUCGAUCUCUUGUCAAAAGCUGCAAAGUGCUUACGUUCGGUCUUUGUUGUCGUAGCUUGGCUUGGACUCCGUGGCCGUGACCGCAGUACGUCUCUCACAAAAGAUGCGACCGAACACGAGAGCAGUCAAUGGUGAAUUCCUCGCUGGUUUAUGGAUCAAACCAUAGAACAUAGGCCACCACGACACGUUUCAGCCAGUCUUUCACGAGCGCGUGCAGACCGGAUUGUUCCAACGGAGCCCCUUUGCGUCGUCUUAAGUGACGAGAGUUCUCCGAGCAUGAAAAACGACCUCCAAAGGCAAAUGAGAAAAUGGAUCCAUUUAACCGGAUUUUAGUGUUUCUGUUGAUAAGAGCGACGGCAUAAUGGAAAAAAAAAUUGAAGCCGUGCUCUCAGUAGAACUGUCCCGGUCUGUCCUUGGCAAGGUUAAAGUCUUCCAGUUUUGAUUGCAUGCCGUGGCCUUUGUGACACGCACGGCCCGAGAGGCUGAUGUUGGAUCCACUGAUGUCUUUGUAUGCGGAGAAAUGUACAAAACACAGAAUAAUGGCGGCUUGUGGCAAUAUUAUAGACACAUUUCCUUUGUUCGUAAAGCGUCUCAUUUCGCGGACUUAAUCAGUAAAGAAUCAUGAGAGAGUCGUUCAUCAGGCUGCAGAUGAAGCGGAAUCAAAUCAGCGCUGAACGAUGGACAUCAGCGUUUUGAUGGCGUUUAGUGUUCUCUGUGAAAGGAGAGUCGGCCAUCAAAUAUCACUCCUCGUUUAUAGUUCACGUUUUGUUUACUUUUUACAUUUCUUUGAGGAACUUCAGCUCUUCCAUGGUCAAAACUGGUAGAAGAAGCAGAAUGAAAGGGCAGCGAUGGUUUUUAAUAUAUUUCAUUUUUCUUUGUCACUCCCGUCAUAUGAACAAAUGGCCUCGGCGGCUUAGCUCACUGCCUCCAUUUCCGAGUAGAUUCCAAAUCUCUAUUAAUCCUUUUUUUUUUUUCGAGGGGGGGCUAGAUUGUAGUUAAGAUAUUUGCAUUUCUUCUCGAAUGUGAAAAUCGCAAUUUCUGUGUUAUCAGGUUUGGCCAAGCUCACUGUAGAGCAGGUGCUGCUCAACGUCUAAUUUAAUCCCCGCCAGUGAAAGUCUCACGACAUUAUGCUAAGUUACAUUCACAUACCUGUAGUAUGAAUGGUACGCUCCUGAUAACGGGCCCUCAACUCUCGUUUCCGCCAACCCAAUACCUCUUGACUAUGUGCUUUUUUAAAUGACUUGAUACAAUCUCGUCCUUUUACUAUUCAGUACUUGUGCAAUUCUUUUUUUUUUUUUUUUUUUAAUAAGUUUACUAUGACUGGAUCUUAGUUUCAUACUUAUAAACAUGCUUGUAUAUAGAAGGGUUUGUGUCAAGUAAGGUGGAUUAAAACCCUAUUUCAAGGGCUCACCUUGUGGAAUAGAGUGGAACCUUGGUUAGCGUAUGCCCCGGUUAACAUAUUUUUUCAAUUAACAUCAAAUGUGUAUACCAGAAUUUUCCCAAAUUAAUGUAUUUUUAUCACCAAAACAGCUUUUUUGGCUUGCUAAUACCUAAAAACAAGAUUCCUUAGUUCUUAGAAAUAUUAUCAUAAAAUAUGUUUUUAUAACUUUACAAUUACAAAAAUUUAAUUACAUUAUUUCUUAUGGAGACCAGGGUUCAAUUCCACCCUCGGCCAUCUCUCUGUGUGGAGUUUGCAUGUUCUCCCCGUGCAUGUGUGGGUUUUCUCCGGGUACUCCGGUUUCCUCCCACAUUCCAAAAACAUGCUAGGUUAAUUAGCCACUCCAAAUUGUCCAUAGGUAUGAAUGUGAGUGUGAAUGGUUGUUUGUCUAUAUGUGCCCUGUGAUUGGCUGGCCACCAGUCCAGGGUGUACCCCGCCUCUCGCCCGAAGACAGCUGGGAUAGGCUCCAGCACCCCCCGCGACCCUCGUGAGAAAAAAGCGGUAGAAAAUGAAUGAAUGAAUGACUGGAUCUUAGUUUCAUACUCAUAAACAUGCUUGUAUAUAGAAGGGUUAGUGUUAAGUAAGGUGGAUUAAAACCCUAUUUCAAGGGCUCACCUUGUGGAAUAGAGUGGAACCUUGGUUAGCGUAUGCCUCAGUUAACAUAUUUUUUCAAUUAACAUCAAAGAAUUUUCCCAAAUUAAUGUAUUUUUAUCACCAAAAUAGCUUUUUGUCUUGCUAACACCUAAAACAGGGGUGGGCAAACUUUUUGACUCGCGGGCCGCAUUGAUAUAACAAAAUUUCCGGGGGGGGGCAGACUAUAUAUUUUACACGUAACAGUCCACCUGGUAUUAUUGUAUCUGUAAAAUUGUCAUGCAAUCUGCUAUUAUUAUUUAUUAUUUUAUAUUUAUAUUUAAAUAUUUUAAAAAUAAUAAAAUAUUAUAAUAAUUAAAAUAAAAUUAAAAUAAUAAUUAUUAUAUUAUUAUUAUGUAAAAUAUGCAAAUAUAACAAUAUUAUUAUAUAUAAUUAAUUUAAUAAUUAGCAUUAAUAUAAUAAAUAUAAUAAUCAUAAUAGUUAUAAUAAUAAUAUAAUAAUUAUUAUUUUAAUUUUUAUUAUUAUUAUUAUGUCAAACAACGAAAUUGAUACAACCAUCAAAAGGUUGGCUCAGGCCAUGAUGCCAGGUUGUAUGUUGACUUUAAAUUAAAUACUUUGGAAAGAUUGGGUGGGCCGUAUUCAAACACUUGGCGGGCCGGAUGUGGCCCCCGGGCCGUAGUUUGCCCACCCCUGACCUAAAAACAAGAUGCCUCAGUUCUCAGAAAUAUUACCAUAAAAUAUGUUUUUAUAACUGUACAAUUUCAAAAAUUUAAUUACAUUAUUUCUUAUGGGGGAAAUGGUUUUGGUUAACAUCACUUUCAUUAAUGACUAAUAAUGCUAAUCCAGGUUCCACUUUAUACGCAAAAGAGGGAAUAAAAAGUCCGAGAAGAGCAAUGCUCAUAAUGCAAGUUUCUGGAAAGAAGAAGUGGAACUGGAGAAGUUCUUAUGACCAAGUGUUUCCUGACAUGUUUCAAACGGUAAUCCUGGAAAGCUCUGGAAAACAAUGCAAUAUUUCACCGUGCUGAGAGAUUUAUGAUGCGACAACUGGAAUACUACAGGACAUAAAAAUGCAUUACGGUGACAUUUAUUUUUUGGGGGGGGGGUAAGAUGCAAAAUAUUCCAAAGCCGAGAGUCAAUAGCACUUUAACUGGGAGCUGCUUCUCUUGUCACCAGACCAACCAAAGAUGAAUCAUGAAACAAAAAUAAAGAUAUUUUCUUAUGCAAGUGCAUAAGAAAAUAUACAAUAUCAAUACAAUGGCCGCCUUCCAGCUGCUUAUACCACAAGGAUAGUUAGCUUCACGGCUAAAAAGCUAACGCUUCUACAAGGUCGUUUGUAUAUACCGUAUGUGCCCUGUCCAAAGUCAGCUGGGAUAGGCUCCAGCUCACUCGUGACCCUAAUGAAGACAAGCCGUAUAGAAAAUAGCGGCAUGGUUGACUGCACAAACCUAAAUUGUAGUCGACUUUUAAUUAAAACAGUGUCAUUAUUGUACCCUGAUGUACAUUUACACUCGGUCACAUUUUUUUUGUGCUACGCGACAUGAAUUAUGUAAAAUAUGUGUAAUCUGUUAAAAGGAUCAUCAAGGACUGGAGCACAUUCCAGUUUUGUGUAAUGACAUGGCGCAUGUUUAAUGGACAUCAAAUUGUCAUUUACAGCAGCAAUUUUGGUUCCAGUGCCAGCCGAGAGGGAGCGUCGGGGCUUUUGGCCCAACGGUCAGUGCUCUAGUGUCCCAUUACGAACGCAGGUUACACCAGGGGUCUCGAAUUUACUUGUGAGGAACGUACUGUAUGCUAACGUUUGACAACGCCAUCAAUGCGAACGUGAAGCUAUUGGAAGGUCAAAUUUGAUCUGGGUGCCAAGUACAUCGUGAUUGGUUUAUUGUUUAUUAGUCCUAAGACUAUUAUUCCUGGGGGUCCAAAAAUGUACAUUUCAAACUUAACAAUAAACAUAAUACAAUAAAAACAGACAUUACAAUUAAAUAUAACUAAAUCUAAACAAAAAUGAUCUGAGAUGUAAUGGAAUACGCCCUGUUAUUGGCUGCCGACCAUUCCAGGGUGUACCCCGCCUCUCGCCCGAAGACAGCUGGGAUAGGCUCCAGCUCCCCCGUAACCCUCGUGAGAAAAAGCGGUAGAAAAUGAAUGAAUGACUUCAAACAUAAUACAAUAAAAACAGUCAUUACAAUUAAAUAAAACUAAAUCUAAACAAAAAUGAUCUGAAAUGUAAUGGAAUACGCCCUGUGAUUGGCUGGUGACUAGUCCAGGGUGUACCCCGCCUUUUGCCCGAAAACAGCUGGGAUAGGCUCCAGCUUCCCCCGCGACCCUUGUGAGGAAAAGCGGUAGAAAAUGAAUGAAUGAAUGUAAUAGAAUACAAACCUUAAAAUUAUUGAAGCCAACCAGAACCAGAACAAUAAAAAUUAUUUCAAUUUAAUUUUUGCAUUUUUUUUUUCAAUUUAAUUCCAAUGCUAAAUUCUGCUUCUCUUAAUUUAUUUUUGAAUCUUGCUUUGUUAUUUAUCAUAGUUAAAUAUAGUGGUAGCUUAUUCCAAUAUGUUACAUUGUAGUCCUCUUUAAUGCAUUAAUUCUUGGCAGAGUAAAGUGAACACCUGAAGCAUACCUGGUUCAUAGUUCAUAGUUCAUAGUUCGUAGUUGGUUGGUCUGGAACUAGAGAGCACAUCUAGAGGUGGAUAAUACCUUAAAAAUGCCAUAUCAUGGGUGUUAUUACUGGAAAUACAGAUUUUAUGCACCAUAACAUUUAUUUUCUGGUAUACUGACAUGAUGCUCAUACUGGAAGAUGUUCUGUUCUGAUCUGUUCUGUUAUUUUAUUUUAUUUUAUUUCCGGUCCCACUUCAUUAACCUUGACCACAAACAUUUGUAAUAUUGCGGAUCUGUAAUCGUUAUUUUGAGAUAGAUUUAUUAAAAGUUUCCUGCUCGUAGUUUUAAGUCUAUCUUAGUCCACAUGAACUGUUUACUUGAUUGUCUCAAUUAUGUCAAUUUGUUUACAAUAUCCCAACUCCGUGUUCAUUUCAGUUGCUGUCUUGGAAGUCACAUUCAAACUUGUUUUUUUGUUUGUUUCAUACUGAAUAAACAAUGUGAACUCCACACAACAUGGAUCGUUUUUCUUUCAUAACACCAAAAUAAUGCCUUGCACCGUUUCCAGGAUCAAUUUGUCAAAGUGAUAUCCUGGAUGGAAAGCGACCCUUUGGGACGACAUCCCUGUCUUGGACCAUGUGCUGUAGUUCUUUGUUUUGAAAUGGACUAAGUAUUCCAGAGCGGACUUUUGGGUCACAUUGUGGCUUCAAUUGUUGUGAAAUGCGGUUCAAAUGUAGUUUUCGAUUAGAAACAGAUUGCUGAUCAUCUCCACGACUAGUCCAGCUUCACGUUCCCACAUUCCAAAAAUAUGCAAACAAGGUUAAGUGGGGACUCUAAAUUAUCCAUAGGUGUGAUGGUGACUGACGAUUGUUUGUCUUACGUACAUGUGCCCUGUGAUUGGCUGACCACCAGUGGAAUCGUCGAGAACGUACGUACCCGCCACGCUAGUGAGGACAAGCGGUACUGAAAAUGGAGGAAUGGAUCCUUUUACUGCGUCACUCCGACCCGACCUUGGAUAAGAAGUAGAAGAUGAUGGAUGCAUGAGUCGCCCAAUCGACAACAUUUGCAAUAUCGAAGUUCGGAUUGUUGAGUUUUUUUGUUGUUGUUUUUUGCUUUACUGGUUAUGUUAUGGCUGCACGGUGUUCGAGUGGUUAGCAUGCAGACAUCACAGUUAAGAGACCUGAGUUCAAUGUGGCGUUUGCAUGUUCUCCCCGUGCAUGCGUGGAUUUUCUUCGGUUUCCUCCCACAUUCCAAAAACAUGCUAGGUUAAUUAGCGGCUCCAAAUUGUCCAUAGGUAUGAAUGUGAGUGUGAAUGGUUGUUUGUCUAUAUGUGCCCUGUGAUUGGCUGGCCUCCAGUCCAGUGUGUACCCCGCCUCUCGCCCGGAGACAGCUGUGAUAGGCUCCAGCACCCCCUCGACCCUCGUGAGGAUAAGCAGUUGAAAAUGAAUGAAUGAAUGGUUAUGUUAUGGCUGCA